UGUUAUUUUGUACUUUUAUACAGUAUAGGCGACAUAUAUAAACCCUCGGUUACAAUAAAUAAAAUAAAAAAGACGAAGAAGAAGGGGUCAAUAGGAAGUGACAUGCCUACCCGUUGCACAUGCGCGGACUCCAGCAGAGCAGUGUGGUCUUUAAUCUGAUGAACUCGACUCCGUAAACUUUCAAGCUUCUGAGGCUAACUUAGCAUGCUAGUUAGCUUAGCUUGCUAGCUGCCAACAAAGAAACCCGGAAGUUAUCGACACGUCGCUAAGCAGACACAAAGAGGUUAUUCACGGAUCGGUUUCCAAGGAGGAAGUGCUAGCUGUUCCAAGUCAGGACCCGGGGUGGACCACUCCUCUGUGAAUCAGUUGGUUACGUCUCUGCGCUGCUGACUUGUCUACAUGCAGGAAGAUGCUCCUGCUGACCUUCCUAUUGACUGGACUCUCACAUUAUUAACCACGUCUGUGAAGAGCAUCUCUCUGAGCAGCAGUAGUAAACCUCCAGGAUGGAGCAGGAGAAUCCACAGCCCCCCUAUAUUAAAAGCAAAGAAGAGGAGCCACAUUCCGCCCACAUUAAAGAGGAAGAUGAGGAACCACAACAACCCCACAUUAAAGAGGAAGAACUACACCCCUCUUACAUUAAAGAGGAAGAAGAUGAUUCACAGCCAUCCCAUAUUAAAAAGGAAGAUGAGGAGCUACAGCCCUCUUACAUUAAAGAAGAGGAAGAGGAUUUACAGCCACCCCACAUUAAAAAGGAAGAUGAGGAGCUAAAGCCCCCACACAUUAAAGAGGAAGAGGAGGAACACAGCAUCAGUCAGAAUGGAGAGCAUCUUAAAGGACUUGAGGAGGUUGAUGUCCUCAAGAUGCCAUUGACUGGUGUCAUUGUGAAGAGUGAAGAUGAUGAGGUCAAAAGUGAAAGUGAGGAGAGAGAGGUGGAGCCUCCAAGCAGCAGCUCAACUCAACACAUGACAACAGAAGAUGAUGGAGACCACUGUGGAGGAUCACAGACAGACAAGCUCUUAGCUCCACUAUCAGAUAGUGAUGACAUGACGUCACACUCUUCUGACACUGAUGAUGAAGACUCUGAAGCUGAUACAAUAUGUCACACUGACAACACACACUUUGAAUGUUCUCACUGUGGCAAAAAUUUUAAUCACCGUCGUGACCUGAAAAGACACAUGAGGAUACACACUGGUGAAAAACCAUUUUCCUGUUCAACUUGCGGUAAAUGUUUUACACAAAAUAGUCAUUUGAAAAGACACAUGAGAACACACACUGGGGAAAAGCCUGUCAUCUGUUCAAUCUGUGCUAAAGGUUUUACACAAAAUAGUGAUUUGAAAGCACACAUGACAAGACACACUGGUGUAAAACCUUUUUCCUGUACAGUCUGUGCCAAAGGUUUUACAGUACAUAAUCAUUUGAAAAGACACAUGAGAACACACACUGGUGAAAAACAUUUUUCUUGUUCAAGCUGUGGUAAAUGUUUCACGGCAAAGUGUGAUUUGAAAACACACAUGAGAACACACACUAGUGAAAAACCUUUUUCUUGUUCAAUCUGUGCUAAAAGUUUUACACAAAAUUCACACUUAAAACGACACAUGACAAUACACACUGGUGUAAAACCCUUUUCAUGUGUAAUCUGUGCUAAAGGUUUUGUACGAAAAGAUAAAUUAACAUUGCACAUGAGAACACACACUGGUGAGAAAGUGUGAGUUGCAGUGUGUGACGAAAUAUUCUCUUAAAAGUACCAGUGUAACAAACACAAGUGAAAAUAGCAGCAGCAAAUGAAACUGCAAGAUUUUAAAUAAACUGCCCAAACUUUAUCCUUGACUGUAUAACACGACAUUGUUGUGUGUGUAACACAAUCUUGUUAUGGUUUUAUCGUUUAUAGAUUUUUUUAGAUUAGAUGUUUUAAGUACGUGCAUCAGUAUAGAACAUUGUGUACAUUUAUUUUAUUUUAUUUUAAAUGUUGAAUGAAAAGGUCAACACUGACUGAAGCAUCAGUUUUUUUUGCAGUGUGUGUGAUGAAAGACUCGCCUAAAAGUACCAGUGUAAAAAACACAAAUGACAACAUCAGGGGCAAAUAAAGUUACAGGAUUUUAAAUAAACGGUCAAAACUUUGUAAACUUUGACUCUUUAACACCACCACCACAUAUAACAUGUGCGACAUCAUUGUUGUGUGUGUAACACAGUGCUUCUCAAUUAUUUUCUGUCACGCCCCCCUCUUAAUUUCUCUCAUUAUGUUAACUACUUCUCUUGUCUAUCUUCUGCUGGAUAUACUCUGUAUUUUAUGC